AAAACUAAAAAAGGAAAAUCACAAGAAAAAAUUUUUUUUGACAUUGGAAUGAGUCAAAGUGUUCUGUGACAGUGAAAGACUGAAAAAAGUGCAAAAAAGGACAAAAAAAGAUAAAAGUUAAAAAAAAAGAUUUUUUUCGUAGAUUAAGUCCAAAAACUGUGUCAAAAUUUACUCGCCUACGCCAUUUGACGCCGCGAAGGCGUUAAAACUCGAGGAGGAAUUUACGAGUGCGGUCUCUGCUGCGGGCGCAAUGACGAUGUCAAUGUAUCCAUCGGCGGCGGACAAGAUGAAAAUGGGCACGCCAAGUUGCUUUCCGGGUCGCUACAGUCCCACGUAUCGCGGGCCCACGUCAGACCAAAUGCGACGAUGCAUGACGAAUCCGUCGAGUCGAUUAUUAGAAGAUGCUUCAAUUAUGUGUAAUUCAUGGUCCCCUCGACAUAAUGGUGAUAUUUUUUCCGGUCUCAAUGAUGGUCUUCUUAGUCGUGCCGAAGCAUUAGCAGCUGUUGACAUUGGAAAGCACCAAAACAGCCAUGCCCAUUCCCAAAUGGCUUCCCAGCUCAAACAUGACGUGAUGUAUCAUCAUGGCAUGGGCGGCCCGCCACAACGACCCCUACAGAUGCACCACACAAUGGACAGUCUCGAUAUGCUGGAUCCCUCGGGUUCGAUGACAACGCUCGCUCCCAUGUCCGAUACGCCAAUUACGUCGUCGCAUCAUCAGCUGCACGGAUCGUAUCACAGUAUGAACCACAUGAUGGGACAUCAUCACGGAGGACCGUUAGCGGGACAUACGCCGGAAACUGCACUUUUAGGAUCUCAUCAUUCGGCGAUGGCAGCUGCUGUUGCGGCGGCGGGUUUGCAUCCCGAUACAGAUACGGAUCCGAGAGAGUUGGAGGCGUUUGCUGAAAAGUUUAAACAAAGGAGAAUAAAAUUAGGUGUGACGCAAGCGGAUGUCGGCAAGGCACUUGCUAACCUCAAGUUACCUGGCGUAGGUGCCCUGUCCCAAAGUACAAUUUGCCGUUUCGAGAGUUUAACGCUGUCGCACAACAACAUGAUUGCCCUCAAGCCAAUCUUGCAAGCGUGGCUCGAGGAAGCGGAGGCGCAAGCAAAAAAUAAGCGACGAGAUCCAGAUGCGCCUUCCGUGCUGCCCGCUGGAGAGAAGAAAAGAAAAAGGACUUCCAUUGCCGCACCUGAAAAACGGUCGUUAGAAGCAUAUUUUGCCGUCCAACCUCGCCCAUCCGGAGAGAAAAUUGCAGCCAUCGCCGAGAAGCUGGAUCUGAAGAAGAACGUGGUGCGCGUGUGGUUUUGCAAUCAGCGACAAAAACAGAAACGAAUGAAAUUUGCCGCGCAACAUUGA